AUGUCUCCAGCAGCAGGCAAAAACUCAGUCGCCACAACUCCUGUUUCACCGUCGUCCAACCACCAUGUCGGAAAGCCCUCGCCAGCAACCAAAGCAAAUGGAAAGGCGCAUCUCACUUCUGCGGACGUUAUCAGACUAGAGCAUGAGUUUGGGGCACACAAUUAUCAUCCUCUGCCAGUUGUUUUCGAGUCGGCGAAAGGAGCCAAAGUCUGGGACCCGGAAGGCAGAGAAUACAUCGACAUGCUAUCUGCGUAUUCUGCUGUCAAUCAAGGACAUUGUCACCCCCGUAUUGUAGCCACAUUGGUGUCUCAAGCCCAGAAAUUAACACUUUCGUCACGAGCAUUUUACAACUCGGUGUUUGGAAGAUUUGCUCAACAAGUGACGCAACUCUUCGGGUAUGACAUGGUACUUCCCAUGAACACAGGUGCAGAAGCUGUGGAAACAGCAGUGAAACUAUCGAGGAAAUGGGCAUACAAGUGCAAAGGUGUUGAGGAGGGGAAGGCCAUAGUGCUAAGUGUUGAGGGAAACUUCCAUGGUAGAACUUUAGGCAUCAUCAGUAUGAGUACAGAUCCGGAGAGUAGGACUGGAUUUGGCCCAUACCUUGAAGGGGUCGGACCGGUAUUUGUUGAUGAAGAAGGCGAUGCUCAAACGAUUAGAUACGGUGUGCUUGAGGACCUUGAGAGAGCCUUAGCAGUUCAUGGAGAGAACAUCGCUGCAUUCUUAGUAGAGCCUAUCCAAGGCGAAGCCGGAAUUGUUGUUCCACCUGAGGGAUAUCUGAAGGGUGUAGCGGAACUCUGUAAGCGACACAAUGUCCUGUUAAUCUGCGAUGAGAUCCAAACGGGUCUAUGCAGAACAGGAAAGAUGCUUGCAUCUGAGUACGAAGGUAUUAGACCGGAUGUUGUAUUACUUGGAAAAGCACUUUCUGGAGGAGUGUAUCCCGUGUCGGCGGUCCUUGCAGACAAGGAAAUUAUGUUAUGCAUUCAACCAGGCGAGCAUGGAAGCACUUACGGAGGAAACCCAUUGGGCUGUGCUGUAGCAAUGACGGCGCUGGACGUCCUUGUCGAGGAGGGCCUCGCCGCUCGCGCAUUCACACUGGGCGAGUAUUUCCGCAAAGCAGUCCGCGAUUUGAAAUCUCCUUUGGUCAAGGAAGUCAGAGGUAGAGGUCUCCUUAAUGCCGUCGUUAUUGACGAAGCGAAGAGCACCAGGGGCCGAACUGCGUGGCAAUUCUGCUUGCUGUUGAAGAGCCGUGGCGUGCUGGCGAAACCCACUCACGUCAAUAUUAUUCGCUUUGCUCCACCCCUGGUAAUCGAGGAGGAGACUUUGAAGGAGGCUGUAAAGAUCAUCGGGGAGUGUCUGAUAGAUCUCGACCUGAUUGACGAGAUUCCUGGUGAUGAUGCCAGCGAGAAGGGACACAAAGACGGACUCACUCUCUGA